AUGAGAGUGGAUGUGAAGUUCUGGGCCCGGUGCCCGACACACAGAAAGCUCUUAAUAAAAGUCAGUGGUUAUUCUGAUAGUUUAAUGCUUCUCAUCCAAAGACCCCAGACUCCAUCCUGUGAGGACGCCCAUCACUAUCGAACACACCAUGCAUCUGGAGAGAAGCGUGGAUGCUGUUUCCCUCUGACUUUUCCUUUGCAGAAACUGCAUUCUCUGGGCACGUCCACUCAUCUAGAAGGGCCUCAUUCCGAGUGGUGUUUCCCUCAACUGGCAAUACAAUGGUCUCCCCACAGGUUGAAAUAA